AUGGCCUCUCGAGAUGAUGCCUCUGCUGCUACUACUACUACUGAUGAUGGAAGUCAGUCUGCCGAUUCCAAGGCUUUGAAGAAGAAAGAUGAUGGAUCUAUUGAUACUGCAGAUCUCAAAGAAAAGCUCGCUGAAUCUGCCAAAGAGUCUGUUGCCAUUGACACAAGAAGCACUCCUGAUCGCCCAUCCAAUCUCAGCUGGAACUUCGUCUGUAUCUUUAGCUUGAAUUGCUGCUAA